CCUCGGGACGGCAGAGGCCGUGGGGAGCAGAGCUGGCGGGCUGCGUCCCCGAUUCAGCCUCGGGGACGGGGGGGGACGGGGGCUCCGAUCCUAGAGCCCCCCGUUGUAACCCUCCGUUGCCGCCAGCUGCUUCCCAAGCACUGCGCCUCCACCGUCAGCAAGGCCCGCAACAAGAAGACCCUAAAACACCCCGCCAAGAAGGGGGAGCCCGAGCGGGACAAGCCGGGGGCCGAGAGCCAGAGGAAGGACCGGACCCUGACCACCAACAUGGACAAGCUGCACCUGACGCUGGCCGAGCUGUCCCUGAGCCUCAACCACGUGCCCAACUUCACCGUCUUCGAGCACACGGUGACGCCGGCCGAGUACCUCAGCAGCCACCUGGAAACGCGCUUCACCAAGGCCAUCGUGGCCAUGGCGGGCUACAGCCAGGCCACGCAGGAGGUGGCCCGUCCCUCGGAGGUGCUGGUGGGGCUGGGCGCCUACGUGACCUUCAUCCAGUCGCUGGCGCACUUGGUGGGCCUGGACACGGGGCGCAUCAUCCGCAGCGUCCUCCUGCAGCAGACGCAGCCCCGCGACGCCGCCGGCGAGCAGACCCUCACCACCAUCUACACCAACUGGUACCUGGAGGCCCUGCUGCGCCAGGCCAGCAUGGGGGCCAUCGUGCUGGCCCCCGCCCUGCAGGCCUUCACCACGGUGCCCCGCGAGGGCGAGCCGUCCUUCAGUGCCGCCGAGUUCUCCGAUGUCUCGGAGAUGCGGGCGCUGGCUGAGCUCAUCGGGCCCUACGGCAUGAAGUUCCUGAGCGACAACCUCAUGUGGCACGUCAGCUCCCAGGUCACCGAGCUGAAGAAACUGGUCAACGAGAACAUGGACACGCUGGUCCAGCUGCGCUCCAGCUCCUGCAAGCCCGAGCAGAUGGCGGCCCUGCUGCCCCGGCUCACCUCGGCCGACAACGUCCUGAAGCGGAUGACCAUCAUCGGCGAGAUCCUGAGCUUCCGCGCCAUGGCGCAGCAGGGCUUGCGGGAGGUCUUCUCCCACCACUGCCCCUUCCUGAUGGGCCCCAUCGAGUGUCUGACGGACGUGGUCACUCCCGACACCGACAUCCAGGUCACCCUGAGCAUCUUCGAGCUGGCCUCGGCCGCGGGGAUCCCCUGCGAGAUCGACCCUGCGCUGGUCAACGUCCUCGCUGGCUCCAAGACGGAUGGCUCGUCCUCGGAGGAGGACUACAAGGUCUCCUGCCUGCUGCUGGUCUUCGUGGCCGUGUCCCUGCCCUUGCUGGCCUCCGACCCGGCGUCCAUCUACAACACGGAGACGGACGGUGAGGCAUGGCCGUGCCCCUCACCUGUGU